CUCUCGAGCUUCACCCCACCAAGCGCAGCGUGAACCUCGCUUCAUCAUUCCUUCAAAGACUCUGGGGGAGGCAAGUCAUGUGCCGGCUUUGACCUUCUACUAAACCUCACCAAACAUCACAUUGAGUCACCUUCUCGUUAACAACAGGCUCGCUUUCCUUCUCCUCGUUGACUCUUUCUCCCGCCAUGGCCGCCCCUCAGCAGGCAUCGCCUCAAGCGGUGAUGAACCUUAUUGGAAAGCUCAACGAGACCGACCCCGAUUUGCGCUUCAUGUCACUCAAUGAUUUGCUCCAACUCUUAAACAAUGCCAAAGCCGACUUUCUUCACCACGACUACAACACAGCCGCCAGGGCGGUCGACAACGUCAUCAAGACCUUGGAUGACCAGAAUGGCGAAGUUCAGAAUCUGGCCAUCAAAUGCCUUGGUCCACUAGUAAAGAAGGUCCCAAGCUCGAUUAUCGCGCCCAUGAUCGACAAGUUGUCGCAGCUCAAGCUCAAGAACGCUGUCGACACGGCCGUCCCAUCUCUCGCGCUACGAACUGUCAUAACUGCCCUUCCGCGACCGACUCCCGGUACUCCAAGCAAUAGUGAUGUACAAGAAUCAUACAAGGCGAUCAGCAGGGUCUUGAUUCCCCGAUUAUUAGGCCCGGGUCCUAACACAAAGGUACCCCAAACACAACAUGCCGCUCUACCACCAGUGCCAGCGGGCAUGCUCGAGGUGGAAGGCGAUGCCCGAGGCGAUGCUAUCGACGUGAUGAUUGAAGUCGUGCGCUGCUUUGGACCUAUGCUCGAGCAGGUUGAGGUUGAGGCUAUGCAGGAGAUCACCAUAAACAUCCUGGGCAAUGAAAAAGCCACAUCGGUCGUCAAGAAGCGAGCAGUCGUCGCCGUAUCCAUGCUGGCGGUAUACCUGACAGAACAGCAUCUUCAAGAGACGGUUGAAAGGAUUGCCCAAUCACUACGACAUCCUGACCUUGCGCCAGUCGCGCGCAAGCUCUAUAUAUCCAUUUUGGGUAGCAUGGCCCGAUCUGUCCCAGUCCGCUUCGGGCGCCAUGUUGGAAGCACCGCACCUUUGAUACUUGAAGCUCUUUCGGCUUCUGAACUCAAGAAGCACAUGCAAAAAGUCAGCGAAGGUGAAGAUAUCGGUCUCGAGUUCAAUGAAGUGCGCGAGGCCGCGUUGGUGACAAUUGAAGCUUUUCUGGCCGCCUGUCCACAGGACACAAAGUCUUUCACAGAUGAGCUCAUCGCCUGCUGUUUACGCUACCUCAAAUACGACCCGAAUUACGCAAUGAACGGAGACGACGAGAUGGAAGUCGAUGAGGAGGACGACGAUAUGGAUGAGGACGAAGACGAUGAUUUCGACGAGGACGAUACUUUCGACGACGAUGACGACGACGCCAGCUGGAAGGUCCGCCGGUGCGCUGCCAAAGCGUUGUACACACUCAUAGCGACCCGGGGAAGCGGAGAACUUCUCGAGAACGGCGUUCUGUACAAACAAGCAGCCCCGCCGUUGGUCAAGCGUAUAGAUGAGCGCGAAGAGAAUGUGCGACUCGAAGUCUUGUCGACUCUGUCCCUCUUGGUCAGGAGGACUGGAGAAGGCCUGCACGCAACGGAUUUGGGCUCGGACGAACUCGAGCCAGAGGUCAGCGCCCAGGUCCCCGUCAGCAGGAAGCGUAGGAGGCAAAGCAGUGUAGGCGGAAGCGCGCAACCACUUGAAGUACCCGGCUCCCGGUCGCCUAUCCUUGACAAAAUUCCUCUAUCUGGCCCGCAGGCCGACCUUGCCAGCUUGGUGCCAUCAAUCAUCAAGGCUGCCACAAAGCAUCUCAAAGGCAAAGCUGUGCCGACAAAGCAGGCCAUCAUCAGACUACUCGACGAUACGGUAUCCGUCCAGCGAGGCGGUCUCACAGACCACCUCAGCGCGGUAAUCGGGCCAGUAGUGGAAGCUGCCAAGGCAUCGGGCUCAGGAACCGUGGCAUCGGCAGCUGGCGGCACCAGCACAUCAGCUUCUGCGACUCCAAGCACUCUCAAGGUGGAGGCUUUAAGAUUGAUAAGCGAUAUUGCCAAGACUCACUCGUCAGCCAGCCUUCAGGCAUAUCUGCCUGACAUUGUCGCCGGUGUUAAAGUUGCAGUUCAGGACCGGUUCUACAAGAUCUCAAGUGAGGCCAUUCGCACAAUCGAGGAGCUCAUCAAGGCCACGACUCCGCCUCGGGCUAAAGGCACCAGUCAAAACCACAAGACUGAGAUCAACGCCUUGUUCGACAUUGUGAUGGAGCGAAGCUCGUCGAACGAUGCUGACGCCGAAGUACGGCAGCGUGCCCUUCACGCUCUUGGUGUCCUCGUAUCACGAACAUCUACCGGUGAAGGAGACACAUUACUCGCCACUGACAAGCGCAACGCAGCCCUUGCAGUCGUGCAAGAGAGGUUGAAGAACGAGACAAGUCGGCUUGCUGCUGUGCGCGCUGUUGACCAAGUCGCUGCCACCGCGCAAGCUGGGCAGCUACAAGGAGCGUGGGUUCGUGAGGUCGCGCUUGAGCUCGCCGUGCAGCUGCGAAAGUCGAAUCGCUCACUCCGAGGGUCAAGCAUUGUGGCCCUGAAGCACCUGAUUCUUGCCCCCGCCUCGCGCGGCAAUCUGGACGACGCGACUAUUCAUGGGUUGGUGGAUCAGUUAUUGCCUAGCAUCACCAACGGCGACACACACCUGCUUGGUCCUUCCCUUGUGAUUCUUGCUCAUCUUGUGCCUGAUCAUGCCGAAUUGGUUAUGACCCAAGAAAUGGUCGUUGCACUAAGCGCACUUCUCACGUCCCCGUCUGCGAGCAUUGUCUGCGAUGCCAUCAUCGAGCUGGUGACCAGUGCGGGCAAAGCGGGUGCCGGUGCGCCCCUUAUGAAAGCCCUCCUACAGGAUGUCAGCAUCAAGGGAGACACCGCCGUGGUCGGGAAAGUCAUUGGAUCGUUGCUCGUGGUGAGCGACGGUGCUCUUGCUGGCGUUACGGUCGAUAGCUUCGUGGGAGAGCUCGGCACUAGCCGAAAGAACAAGGACGAUUCUCGACUUAGCCUGGCUUUGGCUGUCCUUGGCGAGGCCGGCAGAGGCCUAGGGUCUUCAUCUCCCUUGAAGCCCAAUCUCUUCUUGGAACAGUUCGGUUCGGAGCCCGACAAGGUUUCAUUAUCUGCAGCUCUUGCGCUGGGCCGAGCCGGCUCCGGCAACGUGGGAACCUACCUCCCUACCAUACUAGAGACAAUGACCAGUGGCGGCAACACGCAGUAUCUUCUAGUUCAAUCUCUGAAGGAGAUCUUGCUGUCAAUUACAAGCCUUUCCGCCGAGAUCCGCGGUUAUGCGAGUGGUAUCUGGGACAAGCUGCUGCAGGCCUCGGAACACGCUGACAACAAGAUUGUAUGCGCAGAGUGCGCAGGGCGCCUGGUGAUCCUGAGCCCUGCCGAAUUCGGACCGCGACUUCAGACAUUGCUGUCAGACGACUCGCUCGCCGUACGUGGCAUGGCAGUCCAGGCCAUUCGCUACACGCUCCCGGAGAGUGAGGAAGGAUUCGAUGCCAUCUUGCGCAAUAGCCUGGUGGACAUGCUCCUCAUGGUCCUACAAGAUCAGGACAUGGAGGUUCGCAGGCUAGGCAUGACCACGCUGAACUCGGCGACACACAACAAGCCUGACCUAGUUUUGCCUCACCUCGGACGUCUCGUCCCCUUUGUCCUUGAGGAAUCUGUCAUCAAGCCCGCGCUCAUCAGGGAGGUCAAGCUGGGACCGUUCACACACACCGUCGAUGAUGGCUUGGAGGUUCGCAAGAGCGCAUAUGAGACUCUGUAUGCUCUUAUGGAGACCGCUUUCAGUCGCAUCAACCACAUUGACUUUUACGACCGCGUCGUCGCUGGACUAAAGGACGACAACGAUAUUCGACAGCUAUGCAACUUGAUGAUUACCAAGCUAUCCGUCAUCGACCCCGAAGAAACAGCGCGCCGUUUGGAUUCGAUCGCAGAGGCUUAUCGGGCUGUACUCUCGGUCAAAUUGAAGGAGAAUGCCGUCAAGCAGGAUAUCGAGAAGCAGGAGGAGGCCAACAAGAGCGUCUUGCGAGUGACCCUGCUCCUGGGUGACAAGAUGAAGGCCUUGACGGGCAAUGCUGGAGCGGCGACAAGCAACGCUGGUGCUGCUGGGACAUGGCUAGCGUACUGGGAAUGGGUGAACAAGGACUACGAGAAGCAGCUCCGUGCCUUGCGCGAGGAGAAACGUGAGCUGCAGACGCGCAUGGUCUGAGACAUGGUCUCUCCUUUCCAAGUAGAGGUGGCACAUAAGUUAGGUGGUCCGGCGGCUCAUAGCUGGGGGUUAUGUAUACGAUAGCACGAAUCACGAACAGGUCACUAAGUUAGACGUCGCCGAGUUUGAGUGUCAGGCUGCGCGUGUCCUCCAUGCCCACCCGCCGUCAAAGGGGGCACGACAUCUCAGUGACAAAUCGCGGCGUGCCAAGCGCAUGACGCAAGGUCAAUCAGGUGCCGGCCGGAACAGAGGGCCCAGCAGGCCAGCAGGGACCCUUCCGGCUUCCUUUGGUCAUAA